GUCAAGGAUCACUUCUCUGGAGGUUCUCACCCUGGGUUUGGCCGUACCGGGAGGAUUCGACAAGGUGUUUGACACGUUCACGUACAUGCGGCUGAAGCUGGGGAGUCCGUCAGGUUCAAGCUUCUCAUCAGUAUGCUCAACAACCGGGGGUCGGGACACGUGCUCUUCCAGGUGGCGUGCAUGAGGUUCCUGAACGCCCUUCUGAACUGUCCCAGCUCGGGGAGUCUGAGAGUUUACCUCCAGGAAGAGCUGAGAAUGGCUGGCUUUGAGCUUGCACCCUUGGUAGAGAACUGUAACGGAGAUGGACUGGAGUAUGACGAUCUGCGGAAAGAGCUCGACGAUUGGCAAGCCAGAUAUAUAAACGUGGACACUCUCCUGAGGAAAAAUCGGUUAGACUUCCGUGCUUCACGUGACAGGAGAUACGACCGAGCUGAUGGACAGGUCAACUAUGCUGUAGUGCAAGGUCAACCGCAGGUCAAUCCGCGGAAGGAUACAAGAACAGCACAUCUUGCAAGCAAGUCAGUUCCAAACCUGAGUCAGGCGAAUGGUCCUCUCCGUGAUGACGUCACAAUCACAUACACCAGCAAUGGACAAGAGGUUGAGCACUGGGCAGAGGAGCGUUACAACCUGAGUCAGAUAGGGCACAAGCUGACCAGUAUGACACAACAGAGAGGCGAGGAGGCCAAGAUAUAUCAAGACGUCCCCAACAUGAGUUAUACCUUCCCGGACAUCCGCCAUUACAUCAUGACGUAUGAUAUCACGUGCCUGACUGGUGAUGCCCCGGAUGUCUUACUUAGGCUGCUGAACAUGAAUAACCACGACACAGAUCUAUCAACGACAAACAGCCACAACCCUCAUCAUACUGGAGACUUCUUGAAUCUCUCUAAAAAACUGCAGAGUAUCAGCGAAUGCGAAGACCGACUGAAGUUGAUCGGAUUUAUGAAUCAUUACAACAGCCGACUGAAGGAGCUGAGAACAAAAAUCAACCAGGUCAACCGAGCAUCUGAGAGUAUACUGCACAAUCCGAAAAUGAAACAAUUAUUCGAGAUUAUUCUAGAAUUUGGCACUCGCAUGAACGGAUUGAACAGGGAGUCCGAGGGAGGUUUCAAAAUAUCGUCCCUAGAAUCGCUUUCUCGGAGUCACGUGAGUUCUAAUGACAACACGCAGACAGUAUUAGACUACCUGGUAGCGGAAGUUGGUGCCCAUUACCCAGAAGUCAGAGACUGGUACCACGAACUGGACGCCGACCUACCUUCCACUGUGUCGAUUCGGGUGAUGGAGAAACAGCUGGACUACCUCAAGAACGGCGUCAAGAUUCUCAACAUGGAGGCUCUGCAGUACCCGGAUGUUGACACACUCAAAACCUUCCUGAAGGCGGCGCCUGAUGCGCAUGUGCAGGUGGAGGAGGACUUCGCCAAGAUGAUGUCGCAGUAUAAAGAAGUGUGCACGAUGCUAGGGGAGACGGAUGACGUGGAGCCACGUGACAUUUGUGACAUGGUGACCAGAUUCGCUGCCGACUACAGACUAACUGUGGAGAAGAUGGAGAGACUCAACAGGACUAGUGUGUCACGUCGCCCAGUGUCAGCGGGAAGUGUUCCCAGGUCAAAGAGGGUGGGAACUGGUGACUUUGAUGACGUUAAGUCAGACGCCACCCUCGAGAAGAAGAUCACUGCUCAGAUCGCAAGCGUCUCCAAACGCCGCGGUAGCAGCCUCAACUGCUUCAACGACACCUCCACUGAUAACGUCCCACCAGCCAUCGCCAGGCGGAAGAGACUGUCCAAGAAUAAAAGUGUGCCUCAGAAGAGUAGCCCUUCCAAAGGAUGGUUCAGCUUCGGCCGGAAGUCCAAAUCUCUGUCGCAACCAGACCUACAUAGGGAACCAUUGAGCUCAUCCACGUUUGAAGAAAAGCUUCACAAAGAUGGCUCGUCGAGCAAAACGAGUUUCGAUGGCAACUGGGUUCUUCAUCCCCGGCCAGCUCUGCCGAAAGACUUCAGGAGUCAAACGGCCUGGAAGUCGGAGCCCGAACUGACCCACUCUACGGGACACUAUCUGCCAGAUUUCCUCAAGACGAAGGGACCUCGUGAAUCUAAUGGGGACAUUCACCAGACAUUCAUGUUCCCCUCCAAAAUGCCAACGGUGUCAAAUCUUUCCAAAGAACUGGAGGACACAAAAGAAGGACAGGGUUCUCCUGAACCGGACUAUUCGCAGAAUCAUUCUCCCGUGGGGACUAUGAGAAGUUAUACUGCGGAACUGGCAGAGAUUCUUGAUGAUUUUGAACAGACUCUGUACGCUCACGACGAGGAUACGCCUAAGUAUAUGGACGGUGACACAAGUAAAAACAUGGGCCCCGUUGUAUUUGUAUGAUACCUUUUAACACGUACCUUACGUGUCUGCACGUGUCGUUAGUGUAGAAGGUGUUUGUGUGCUUAAGUAAGAAAUACUAAACAAAAUACAUCAGGAGCCAUAAAUAUUUGGGGGAUCUUAUUUUUGUAUUGAAGGCUGAGCUCACAAUUUUAUGUUGGUAUCCCUCAAAUAAUGUAUGAUCCAUAACUUAUUUUGUUCAGUAUAUGAUGGAUUCCUGUUAACUUCACCGUCUGUUCUGGAAAAUACAUAAAACGUUUUGGUGGAUUCAUUUCAACAUGUCCGGCCUUGUAGCCAGCUGUGCCGGAAACUUGUCAGUAAUAACUGGCCUAAGAGUUCAGAUAUUUCUGUGUCGGAGAAUUCCGGGUUCAAAUAGAUCACAAGAAGCGACUGCUGCUAGGACUGAUCAUCAAACGGCGACGGCAACGUUGUUCACAAUAUCAGUCAGUGGUUUGUUAUAGGUAUCCGACAUAAACAGUCAGACCCCGGAUACCCGGACCUCACAUAUCCGGAAAACCCGCCUUCCGGUCAAUUUUCAUUUUAAAAAAGACAACAGAAAUAAGGCCCGUCCUACCGCCCGAGACGGGCUAGAUUUCUGACUGACGGUCUAAUUUUACAGCCAGCCAGCCCAAAGGUCUGGUAAAAUAUUUAGAUAACAUGGUUCAUACAUGUGAGUUGUUUUAUUUGGAUUUUCUGGUCUGGUUAAAUCCAUUUUGGGCUGGUAACAUUUUGAAGUUACCAGCCCUGAUGUCUGGCUGGGUUUUUGGCUUAUUUCAUACACUGAAAACAAUCUAUUACGUUAUACAUGUGACUGUCUGUAACGGAUAUGCGGUUUCCGUUUCCGGACGGUAAACUUUA